AUGGCCGCCCGCUACGCUUUCACAAAUCAGCUCAAGGAGCUCCGGUUCUUGUUCUGCCAGACUGGCGAGCACAGUGCCGCUGUCCGGUCUUUCCUCCAGAAGUCGUACCCGGUCAUGAAGAAGCACAACCCAAACACACCCAUCCUGAUCAGGGAAGCUAUGGGUAUUGAGCCGAAAGUGUUUGCGAGAUAUGAGUUCGGAGUUGAGAAGCAGGAGUCGCUCACUGGAUUGACCGACAAGCAAAUUGAGGAGAAGAUCACAAACUUGGCCAAGUCAUCAUAG